AUGGGGUCUGAUCGCAACGACGGCAUGAAUCGUCCGCAAGAUCGCCAGCACGAAAGGCCAUAUCGGCCCUCGCGCCAAGACGGCCAAGAUACCGUUGACCACCUUGUACAACGCUCGGCACCUGAGGAGGAGGAUGUGCCGUUCGAGGAUGCAUCAGAUGAGCAGCGAGCAGGCUUCAACCCCGACAAGUCAACCAUCACGCCCAGGGAGCGCCAAACCUUCGAGAAGCUCUUCAGUCUACAGAAGCAAGCCAAACCACCGGGACAGAGAGACGGAACAGGCGUACAGAAUUAUAAGGUCCAAAACACCAGCCUAGACGCCAUCCUCGACUCAGCCAUGUCCGACAUCACCACCCGCAGCCGACACACCCCCAAGUUCCCCCCCGCCCUACAACCCAUGGCGGAAGAAGCCCGCUCAAAAAAUCAACUAACCACCACCCUCGCCAUCCGCACCAACGACGACUCCGCCCGCAGCAAAGAAAUCCAACGCGAUUACACCCACGUAACCAAACUCAUGACCUCCGCCCCUUCGGACCAAGAAACCUGGAAAAUCCUCAAAGGCCUCGUCUUGAAUCGCGUCGCAGCGCUCAGACUAGAUGUUAAUGGGGAGAGCACCACCUACCAAACCCAAGCCGGCAAAAGCUGGGCCAAGACCGAAACGAACAUUCUCAAGAAGAAGAGGUCGAAAGCUUCCGUCUUCAAAGACGCCCCGAAUUUAUCUGAGCUGCAGAUCUUGACCGUGAAUCUGCCUGCUCAUCUUCAGGAUUUCAUGGGGUACAUGUCCAUCCAUUUCCCGUCUUCCCCACUACCACUAAACCUCCUGCCCGCACUCAAGAAAAUCGGUCCCUCGGCUUUCGCUCUAGGUGUAACAACCACUCUAUACAACUCCCACAUCUCCCUCCUCCAUACCCACCACCCGACAGCCGUGCCCACCAUCGUCGAAGUCCUGGAGGAAAUGGACCGGGAAGUCUAUUCUUUCGAUGAUCAGACGCUGGAGGUGGUGGAGAAGGUUCUGAGGAGUCUGAGUGGAUAUCGACAUGGGCAUAGUGGGAAAGCGGUGCAGAUCCUGUUUUCUAGUGAGAGGGUGACGAGGGGCGUUAAGGAUUUGACGGAGUGGAGGAGGAUUAUGCUUGGUAGAAGGCAGGAGGAUGCUUUAAGGAAGGCUAGGAAGGGAUUGGAGGGUGCUGGGGGUGCUCAUGGUUGA